UUUUUUCUUCUUCCUUCGUAUAAAAUCUUCAGCCGCCUCUGAAACAUAACUAGGGUUUCCGCUUCCUUCACCAUUCAGGAUCAAAGGUUCGUGAACUGAGAAGAAACUCAAGAUGAGUAAGCUUCAGAGUGAGGCUCUUAGAGAAGCCAUUUCUACAGUGAAGACCAAAUCUGAUGAGAAGAAACGUAACUUUGUGGAGACAGUUGAGCUUCAGAUUGGUCUCAAGAACUACGACCCACAAAAGGAUAAGCGUUUCAGUGGAUCUGUUAAGCUUCCCCACAUUCCUCGCCCAAAAAUGAAGAUUUGUAUGCUUGGAGAUGCUCAGCAUGUUGAGGAGGCUGAGAAAAUGGGACUUGACUACAUGGAUGUUGAGGCUUUGAAGAAGCUCAACAAAAACAAGAAGCUUGUUAAGAAGCUCGCCAAGAAGUACCAUGCUUUCUUGGCUUCUGAGUCUGUUAUUAAGCAGAUUCCUCGUCUUCUUGGUCCCGGUCUUAACAAGGCAGGAAAGUUCCCAACACUAGUGAGUCACCAAGAGUCUUUGGAAGGAAAGGUGAACGAGACCAAAGCCACAGUGAAGUUCCAGUUGAAGAAAGUUCUAUGUAUGGGUGUUGCUGUUGGUAACCUUUCCAUGGAAGAGAAGCAGCUCUUCCAGAAUGUGCAGAUGAGCGUUAACUUCCUUGUCUCCCUCUUGAAGAAGAACUGGCAAAACGUAAGGUGUUUGUACUUGAAGAGCACCAUGGGACCACCUCAAAGAAUCUUUUGAGCUCUCUCUUCUUCUCUACUCCUUAUAUCUCAGAAUUUUGCAUUGUGUUUUUGUUUCAGAGAUCUGUGCUUCUUGGGAUAUGGUUUGGAUUGAUAUUAGCAGUUGUUUUUGGUUGACAAUAUUUUAUGCAAUAUUCUCUUCAGUUAUCUUUUUCUAUUAUCA